AUGGCCUCCAGUUUCGCCUUGAUCGCCUUCGCCUUCUUGUCACUCGCCGUGGCGGCCUCCGCCCAGGGCCCAGCCGCUGCCCCCUUGAGGCCGCCCGCCGCGGCCCCGGCGAAACCCCCCGCUGUGGCCCCGGUUCAGCCGCCCGUUCCGGCUCCCCUGCCUCCUCCGCCCUCCGCCGCCCCAGUUACUCCCCCAGCCGCGGCGCCCGUAUCUACACCCCCUGCCGCCGCCCCUGUUGCCAAGUCGCCCGUUCUCUCCCCUCCCGCACCGCCGACCUCCGCCCCCGCGUCGUCGUCCAUUACCAGAUCCCCCGCCGCCGCUCCCACCUCCCCGCCUCCGUCUAGUAACGGCGCAGUCGCCCUUUCCUUCAGUUGGAUCGCCUUCGCGGCCGUCACCGCCCUCGCGAUGUAG